CUAAUCUCCUUAACUCAAAUUACUGUGCGAACUUCUUAUCAAAGCAUCCCUAAUAUCCAAAACAAUCAUGCUGCCUUCUCUUCUUUUUCGCACCUCGGUCACUUCAAAGAAAUCAAGUGGUUUCGAUGCAACAUGCCGCAUAAAAAAAAGAAGUCUUAUUAUCUGAAUGUACAGAAUAUUCGAGUGCUGUCGUGGAUCAAACGCUCGGAUUGUGUGUCAAAUCAGCUUCAAAGGACAUCACCCAUCAGGCGUGGAUUUAUAUAACCCGGGGGGAAGCAUCGCGGAUGCAUCAUUUGGAAGACCCCGCGGAAUCAGUGACACCACAUUGCCGGUGGAAUUAUGACCAGACCGGUCCUCUUUGUCUUCCUGGUGGACUUUUGCCUCGGGCCGAUGUACCCGCACGCGAUGCCGCCCAGCUUGACUCGCAGCUCCGGACUCACCGUGCACGGGCGCAAGGCUGGAGGAUUGCCCCUCUUCAUGGUGCAUCUCUACAGGACCAUGCUGACCGAGAACGGGGCCGGAACCAAGAGCUGGAUGGAGGACAACCCCGGACUGCAGGACUCGGAUUAUGUGACCAGCCUCGUUGCUAAAAACUGUGAGCAGAGAGGUGAGAGGUGGUCCAUCACCUUCGACAUGUCCGCCAUGUCCCCCAGCGACCACAUCCAACAGGCCGAGCUUCGCAUCCGUCUCCCGGCCUUCAGCGGGUCCUCCAGAGCCUCAGUGGACGUAUACCACUCGUGCUCUGACGACAGCUGCUCCGGAGUCAAGGUUUUCCUGGGCAGCCUAAGGGGUCAUCACAGCGCCAUGAGAUCAUCCUCUUCCUCCUCCUGGAAGGUUUUCUCCAUGACCCGGAUCCUCCACCGCUGGCAGCAGCAGGAACCGCCCACGCAUCAGCCGGAGGACCGCGAGCGGGAUCCGGAGGGAAUCCACCACCUUACAGCGAACCGAGUCAUUAUGGUGGUCUUCGCCAGGCAAAACCUCGACAGCCAGCGAAUGCCCACUCUCAUCCACACGGCAGUGCACUCCAAAUACGUGAGCGUGGACAGAGAGGCUGGCUCCAAGACGAAGGGCCGCAGGUCCAAAAGGUUCUCCCGGAAGCACCAAAGCGAAACAAAGCCCUCGACAACGCCUGCAGCCAGCGAGAAAAAGGAGGGUCUUCUGUGCAGGAAGGUGGACAUGUGGGUGGACUUUGAGAAGCUGGGAUGGAGUCAGUGGAUGGUUUACCCAAAACGCUUUAACGCCUUCCGCUGCGACGGAGCCUGUCCCACGCCUGUUGAUGAGAGCUUCAAGCCUACCAACCACGCUUACAUGCAGAGCCUGCUCAAGCUUCACCAUCCGCACAAGGUGCCGUGUUUGUCUUGCACGCCCACCCGCCUGGCGCCACUCUCCAUGCUCUACUACGACAGCCACAAGAUGGUUUUGAGGCGCCACCAGGACAUGGUGGUGGAGGAGUGCGGGUGCCACUGAGCAAAGCCAAGAACGCGUCGGCGGCGUUUGUACAGAAUCGCAGACUCUUUAGAGGAUAUCGGUACUCUGUAUUAUAGAUUUAGGUGGCAUACACUGUGCCAGUGUCAAAUGACACGAAACAAAAUUGUGACAGAAUUGUCACAGACUGAAGCACUAGAGUUGUUUUAAAUUCAUGAAAUCUAUAUUUCUUCUGUUAAAUGCUACUGCAAUUAAUAUGUUAACGCAACCGCUUUAACUUUAUCAAAAUGUUUGGGUCACAUUGAGCCAUUUGUACGUUUACGCAGUCCCAUUAAAAUAAAUUAUUU